GUACAGCAAAGGGACUGGUUCCUUCCUCGUAUCAGCAUUAGAGAUAGACGGGUGUUUGGCAUGCCGCAUAUCCUGGAGCCUGCUGGAGUCGGGUAUUAUGGUUAUUUGGGUUUUCUCGCAUUGGUUUUUGGUUUUCCUGGCUUUAUGGAUUUUCAAAUCAUGUUUCUUGCCACCAACUCCUUCAAGGGGGUUUUGGAUGGGUUAGUAGUUAACUAGGCCAGACGGG